CGGCGACGAAAACAAGGAAGCAAUUUGUGCAACCGAGAAAAUAUGAGGCGUCACAUCUUCCUUUUACGCAUGAAAACAAGUUUUGUUUUUACGAAACGUUAUUAAUACGGUGGCCGAAGAAUGGAGGAGCAACACAAGAAAAUCCUUCAGCAAAACAGGAUCAAUUUGGUCACAGAUAUGGAUCCUUCAGCCCUCUACGAGCCCCUGGUUGAAAAGGGAGUUUUCACUAAGGACAUGAUUGAAGUGAUAAAGAGCUCGGGGACCAGGCGAGAUCAGGCCAGACAGCUGGUCCUGGACUUGGAGACCCGAGGGAAUGGAGCCUUCCAGUUGUUCCUGGAGAGCCUGCGCGAAUCGGGUCAGCUGGGUUUGAUGGAAACUCUGCUCAAUCCGGCUCCACCGGCUCGGAUCCAGCCCGUCGCGCCCAUUGCGGUCCGCCCUGUUGUGCAGCCUCUGCCCAUCUCCUUCAAGCCUGUGGAUGUUGGUAAACAAAGCAACUAUAUUGUCCCCAUCUGUCCCAAUAAGUCUUCCAGUCCAACACCUGACCAGGAGUAUUUUAAACCAAGGCCAGAAGGCAGGACACGCCGAGAUAGCCUCCAGAGCUAUAAAAUGGAUUCCAGUCCAUGUGGUUGUUGCCUCAUCAUAAACAAUACAGACUUCGAGCCUCAAAGUAUGCUCAGCAAUCGCAAAGGCUCCAACAUAGACAGUGAAAAGCUGGAGAGAAGAUUCUCAGCACUCAACUUUACUGUGGAAGUCAAGACAAAUCUGAAGCAUAGACAAAUGAAACAAGAACUGUCAGCUCUGUCCAAAAAGGAUCACUCUCAAUACGACUGCUGUGUGGUUAUCAUCCUUUCCCAUGGAACUGAGGUGAAUCAUAGACGUUUUCCUGGUGCCGUGUAUGGUACAGACGGGUCUUACAUCACAGUCCAGUACAUCACAGAAUUAUUCAACGGCAAGGACUGCCCUUCUUUGCAAGGAAAACCCAAGCUGUUCUUCAUUCAGGCCUGUGGCGGAGAUGAAAAAGACACAGGAGUUGAGAUGUCUCCUGAGGAGACUCGCCCGUCGGUGGGAGGGCAAGACGACCAGACAGACGCCAUCCCCACGUCGUCCAGCAGCGAGUCUCUGACUGACGUGGUGGACGCCAAAGCAACACUGCCCACCCUAAGUGACAUCUUGGUGUCCUACUCUACCUUGCCCGGUUUCGUUUCCUGGAGAGACACACAGGCAGGUUCUUGGUACGUAGAAACUCUGGACUGCAUCCUUGAGAUGAACGCAGCCACUGAUGACUUGGCCGCCAUGCUGAUGAUGGUUAACAACGAAGUCUCCCUACUCUGUGCAAAAGGGCUGUUCAAGCAGAUGCCCGUCUCCUUUAACUUCCUUCGAAAAUUUCUCUACUUUCAAACCCCAUGCAUAGCGGAAGACUGCUCCUCUUCUGAACAUAUUUGACUAGUUAAUUGUAAAAUGUGGGAAUUUUUUUAAAUCAAUUUUGUAUCUGUUGUUAGAAAUAAUGCCUCAAUGUGGAUAUUUUUUAACUGAUUUAAAAUGCAGAUUUCUACAUGGACUCAUGGACAAUUCUACAAAGAAUAUGCAUUUACACUGUAGAAGUUUUACUUUGAGGUAAUUUAUGAGUGGAGAUUUUUUUGAUGUCUGAGCCAAGAAAAGAAAUGAAUCCACAAUCUCGUACUGUACAUGAGGUUUAAGAUAAUGUUCAAAACACCGUCUCUACAUGUUGUCUUUCUGUCCAUAUUUCUCCGUUGUAUUUUCAACUUCUUUAAGUUUUCCUUUGCUCUUUUUAGCUGAUGUGGUGAAUGACGGGCAAUUUACAAUCUAUCCUUCACAUAUCAUCGCUUCCAACUAAAUAAAGCACCUUUUACUAUUA